AUGUACCCAGGUGACGGCCGGCCGCGAGGGGAGAUCGAAACCUUCGUGGCCUCAGAGGGCCACGUAACCGGCUGGCAUACGGACUUUCAGCACAACUUCACCUUCCAGCUCAGGGGCGCGAAGCGAUGGCGAUUCAAAGCAGGGCCUGUCAAGAACAACGUGCGCGCACUGACGCCGCACUUCCAGACGCGGUCCAACUUUGAGCAGCAGAUGAAGCUCCAUUUGCUGAGCGACCCCACCGAACCGGUUUUCCGGCCGCCAGACGACUUCUUUGCUGAUGCGGAGGAGGUAGAGUUGCACGCCGGAUCCGUGCUUUACCAUCCUGCUGGGAUUUGGCAUCAUGUGGAAUGCUUGGGCGAGGAAGAGAGUAUCUCAAUCAACGUGUCGCUCUCCAUUGCCACCUGGGCUGACUUGGAGCCUUGCCAAAACAGGCUAUGCCGAGAGAGACUUCGCGGUCCUGGAUCCACAAGAAGAAAGGAGCUCAGGUCGGCGAUGCCGUGCGUCAGCUUCUCUGGGCUUCGCCCAGCCUGCGGCAGCCUCUGGUGGGUUUGGACUCUGUGGAUCCAUCGCGUGUCCGACAAGCUGAGCCUCGGACCGUCAAUGAGCGCAGUUGGACACCUAACUAAACCCUAA